AUGACAUUAUCUCUGGUCCCGACAAUCACGGGGCUCGCGGCCUUCUGGCUCGUGAGCUACGCGUCUGGCGUUCAGGGCCGCCGCGAGAGCUGGCUCUUCGAGGCCGAGGAUGCGGAGCCGUUCUGGAGGGUGUGGACCAGCCAGGACCUCGACAACGUGCGCUGGUCCCUGCUGGCGCCCAGGCCGUCGGUCUUCUUGUCUUUGGGGCUGGUCCUGGUCAUGUCCCUGACGUUGCGGGUGGCGGGCAUCGAGGGGUCCACGGGCGCCACGCUGGACGUCGACGAGGAGGUGAGAUGUGUCGGGGUCGCGAACGCUCUGGCCGCGGCCUGCGGUGGAGUCAUCGGGUCACACUCGCCGGGACUGACCACGUUCAACAUGGAAGUAGGUAGCGAGGACUUCCGCCCCUCCGUCCUCACGGCGGUGCUCACGCUGGCGGUGUGGCUGUGCGGUGCACCCAUCAUGAACUACAUCCCUCGCUUCCUGCUUGCGGGGAUCCUUAUGAACCUCGGCCUCCUCAUGACCCAGGAGUGGAUGUGGACUGCCUGCUCCAAGGUCGGCUACGGCGGACUGCUCAUAGUCUACACGCAGGCGCUCAGCUCGCUCUGCUGCGGGCUGCUGCCCAGCAUCCUCCUGGGGCUGGUGGUGGCCUGCGUCGUGGCGAAAGUGCAGUUGCAGGGCCAGAACGUUCUGAAGUACCAUUUGUCCGGGCGGUCGCUGAGGUCCCACAGGCGCAGGCCCGAGGAGGAGACGCGGAUCUUGGCCAGCGUGUCGAGGAUCGAGGCCCUCGGCCUCGAAGGGAGCCUCGCGGAGGCCAACACCUUCUGGUUCGCAGCGUACGUGAAGCGGUAUGUGAACCGGAACUCCAUCGUGCGGUUCAUCGUCCUGGAUCUCCGCUGUUGCCAGGAGGUCAGCUGCUCCGCCUGUGCCCUGCUCGCCAAGCUCGACAGCCACCUGCGCGACAGGGGCGUGACGGUGCUGUACGCGAACCUGGAGCCGGUCGUCGCGCUGAGGCUCAGCACCUUCUCCGUCGCCGGGGCGCAGAACCACAGCUUCGACACGCUCCCGGACGCGCUGGAGUACUGCGAGGACCGCGUGCUGUCCGCCCGCCUGCCCGCCGCUGCGCCCGCGGGCCGACCAGCCGCGGCGGCGCCGAGGCCCUCGGACGAGGAGCUGCUGGCGGCCCUGGCUCGCCUGGUCGGCGGCGGCCGCGAGGGCUGCGCCCCGCUGGCGGCUGCGGGGACCUGGCGCGCGCACGCCGCGGGCGAGAUUCUGGCCCAGCAGGGGUCGACGGCCAACAUUCUGCACUUCUGCUUGCCAGGCCACUGCGAGAUCUCCGAGGUGGCGGACGUGGGCCAGAGCAGCUUCUCGCAGCCCCUGCAGCUGUCGCUGGACGCGCUCGGGUUCAUCUGCGGCGUGGAGGGCGUGCUUCUCGACGAGUGCUCCCGAUCGACCUGCACCGUGGCAUCGGACAGCGGCUGGACCCUGUCCGUCUCGAAGCAGGCGCUGGAGCGGCUGCUGGCGGAGGACCUCGUGGCAGGGCUGCGGCUGUCGCAGCGCAUCAGCCAGGCCGUCGCGAAGCAGCUCCUCCGCCGCGGGGACCAGCUCGGCCUGGUGGUCGACGUGACGAAGGGCGGCGGCUGGCACGGCUCGCACUUCGACGAGCAGACCGCGGGCGUGUCCGCGUCGCUCCUGGACGGCGAGUCCAGGCUCGGGUCUCCAACGCUGGCCCGCCGCCGCUUUCUCCGGCAGGACGCGGGCCCGGUGCCCGGCGGGUACCUGCGGCCGUUCAUGCGGCGGUGGCCGCUCAGCCUCAUCGGAGCGUCCCGGUGCCCCGCCUCCAAGCAGGCGUCCACCUGGCAGAGCAGGAGGGCCAACGGAAACCGGGGCAGGCAAGCGCAGCAGAGGCCCGAGCGGUGA